AUGUCCCACCCUGAUCAACAGUCCAAUAACACUCACCUAUUCCAAUCUCAAGAAAUAGGUGCCGUCCUGGUUUCGAACCUGCGCAAACAGGUUAUGAGCCCUGCCAAUGCAACCGACCUUAUUCCCAUUGAACUACUUGGUGUCCAAAACUAUGAUAUGUGGUAUCAUUACUUUAUGCAAGUAGUUGGUGAAGCCAGUCACAUUUGGUCAGAAUAUGUUGAAACUGGAGAUAUUCAAUCCGUUAGAAUUGAAUAUGGAUUACCUGAUAUUCAAAUCAAGUCUAUGAAAAUAAUCUUAGACACUAAUCUUGUUUCUCUUAUCAAAAAGAAUGUUUCUAAAGAUAUUGAGAAAAAGAUUAGAAACUCCUUCCUGAUGACUAAAAGAUCUGGUCCAACAGGAUUGUUACUUUUAGAGUACUUAAAAAAGAAGUAUGGUAGGAAAUGUGUUAAGUCCACCAUGCCUAUUUUUUCUGAAGUCAACUCCGCCUCCUCCAAACCUUUAGAUGAAAGAGGAGACUGGGCAAUAAAAUUUGUCAACACCAUGUUCAACUGUAGUGAUGAACUUGACAUCAAUAAUUUUUUCGACGAUCCUGCUAUUAAAUCUGCCGUUAGUGCUUAUCACGAGAAACUACAGGACGCCAUCGCUGCUCUGUUGUUGAUGGCUAUUACUCCAGAAUUAAAGCAAAAAUUUAAUGAUUUUUAUGGAUCGAGAACUACUAUUUCUUAUCAUGAAGUAGAAGAUAUGGUAGAGGAUCUGAAGACUACCAAACCUUCAAAUGUUUCUGCUAACGUAGCUGCUUUUGUUGCUCAGAAGAAGAGAUUCUACAACAACAACAAUAAUAAUAAUUACAAUCAAAAGAAGAAGAUUGUUUGCAAAGUCUGCAAAGCUUCUCACAAUGUUGAAAAUUGUCCUGAGAUUCAAAAAUUCUUAAGUAAGAACAAUUAUUCAAAGAAAACCGGCUCAUCGAAUAAUGAUGACUGGAAUGCUGGUAUGGUAAGCUAUAAUCAAAAUAGUUCUGAUUCCGGUGAAACUAUCUGGAUGGCUGUUGAUAUUGAAGGUAAUUGUUUCAAUGCAAGCCUCCCAGCUCCAGGCUCUUUCACUGAGAAAGAUAAGUCCACCUGGCUUUUGGACACUGGUUGUACUUCACAUUUGUGUUGUGACUUACAACUAUUUGAAAAUUUCAAUCCUUCCCGUAACACUAACAACAUUAGCGGUGUUGCAGGAAGUGUAGCCAUACAUGGUUAUGGUGAUGUUGUUAUUGAAGGGAUUAGACUAGUUCAUGUGGCCUAUGUUCCCGACUUACCAGUUAAUCUGAUUUCGGUCCGUCAAGCAACUGAAGCCAGUGGUUGUAAGUUUACCUUUAGUAAUUCCUCUGUUUUUAUAUCAUCGCCUUCUACUCCUCUAAAGAAGAUCGGAAGCGUUUAUAAAAGGUUAUAUGUCUUUGAUACUUCCAUUAAUGAUGACAAAGAUACUGAACUAUCGUUUGUUGCAGGAAGUGACCCUAUGCUAUCCACAACAAUUCAACCUGUCUCAGAGAGUGUUCGCUGGCAUAGUCGCUUUGGACAUCCUGGUAUUGAAGCAUACAAUUGUCUGGCCAAAACUCUGUCUCUUCCUCGAAUGAACCCCGAUACUGUUACAGUUUGUCCUACCUGCUCUUUAGGAAAAGGUCUUAUUAAGAAGGGGACUAACUCUAGAACUAAAUAUACCAGUCCACUUCAACUCAUUCAAGUUGACCUAUGCGGAAAUUUUCGUUACAAAGAGUAUCAAUCUAAUCGAUAUUUUAUGACGAUUAGAGAUGCUUAUACAAGGUACUAUACUGUCAUCCACUUGAAGACAAAGAAAGAUGCCACUCAAAAACUUAUUGACUGGAUCAACCAAACUGAAAACUUCUUUACUUCAAGAGGUAGUUACAAAGUUGGCAGUAUUAGAACCGACAAUGGGGGUGAAUUUAAGAACAACAUACUACAUGAGUAUAUGACCUCUAAAGGCAUCACUCAUGAACUGACUAUCCCAUAUAGUAGUUUUCAGAACGGUGCUGUCGAGCGUGCUCACAGAACUAUUGAAGAAAGGACUAGAUGUCUGUUGAUUUCCGGUAGAGUUCCACCACAAUUAUGGAGUGAAGCUGUUUCAUGUGCGGUAUAUCUUAUUAACCGUACUCCUGUAUCUUCCAAGAAGAAUAUUAUCCCAGCCGUUUUAUGGUUUCAGUUGGAUUCGUUUAACUUUAACAAUUUACGGACUUUUGGAUGUGCUGCAUAUAUCACAUUGCCUCCUCAGCUCCGUGACGGUAAACUAUCUCCCACAUCCAUUAAAGGUGUUUUUGUCGGAUAUGAUUCUCAUCAUAAAGGAUAUAGAAUAUAUGAAGUUGACACUGGUAAGAUCUUUGUCAGUAGACAGGUAACUUUUGAUGAGAAUGUCUUUCCACUAGAAGGAUUAUCUAUUGAAGACCUGUCUGAACAGUACACGACUUCUCCAGUUAAUGGUGUUCCAUCUUAUUCCACAGUAACUAGUGGCUCUAGUUCAUAUUGUCCUUCUGGAAAUGUUACUGUGUUGUCUCUACCUCCAUCACCUCCAUCUGAUGCUCCUAAUAGUGAUAUUUCAGAUCCCGAUACUGAUAUGUCAGACAUUUCCCAAGAACAAUCAGUUUCUCAUGAUUCCAUGGAUACUGAUCCAGACCAACUAUCUGAUCAUUCCCUAAACGAUACACAAUCAUUCUCUUCUGUUCCUUCUCAUAGCUCCGAUUCGACGUUUAAUCCUACGUCUUCCAGUGAUAAUAACAAUUCAUGCGUUGACGCGAUAUCGAAGCGAACCCGUUCCGAAAGUUGUGUCACUGUCCCGGUCUCUCCUGAAGAAGCUACCAUUGAUUCACCAUCUUCUUCUUCUCGGUUAUCUUCUGAGACUCCUUCAUUAACAGGAGUUAUUCAAUCUCUAGCUGAUUCUUUUACACGCCGCUCCAUAGAACAUUCACCUUCCCUUUCCUCAUCGCAGCCAAGACAGAAAACGUCAAGUGAAUCCAUUGCUACAGAUAUUUACAAUGGUCCUCAAUCGGAAUUUCCUGUUACUCGAUUUUCAAAAAAUAGGAAGGUUCACUUAGACGAUAUGGAUGCUGACGUUGGUGUUGGUAAUCAAUUAACAACACUGGAUGAUCAAAUGAUUCAUGAAAUUGGUCUUCUUCCAAACACUCCUCUCAAUCCUUCCACAACAGUUGUCACAAGGCCGGUGGCGGAUAUUCACACCGACGCUAUACGUGCACAACUGUCAUCAAAUUCCAAUAAUUUUUCUGCUUCGUUACAAUCUACAUGA